GUCGUCAGUUUAACGUCGUAAUUCGUUGAGAAUCAUUCCUAUGAGGCAGAUCACAGUUAUUCUCGUCUACAUCGUGGGGAUGGCCUUUGCGGAUGUAAAAUCGGCUUUUGAAGCAACUGAAAUCGUUCCUGAUGCUCUAGACAAUGCCCCAUUAAAGAAGAUGGAGGUCAAGUAUGGGGGUAGAGCAAUGAACAUUGGAGACGAUUUUACUCCCACAGAGACGAAAGACAUUCCAGAAAUUCAUUACGAGUACGAGAGCGGAUGUUUCUACACGCUCAUUAAAAUAGAUUUGGACCCACCGUCUCGCAGAACUCCCAAAUUUCGAGAAUUCCAGCACUGGAUCGUGGGUAAUAUCCCCGAGGACAGGAUAUCCGAGGGUGAGGUGUUCUCGGAGUAUGUGGGGGCAGCUCCACCACACGAUGCUGGUGCCCAUCGUUAUGUAUUCUUGGUGUACAAGCAACCGGGAAAGCUGAAUUUCAACGAGAAACACCUGGGGGACGAUCGCCUCGAUGGUCGGGCCAAUUUUUCAGCCAAAAAAUUCGCUGUCAAGUACCAACUGGGAGAGCCCAUCGCUGGAAAUAUGUACCAGGCAGUCUGGGAUGACUACGUACCAAUUUUCUACAAACAUCUUGGGGUUUCACCCUCCGAAACAUUUUCAGAAACUGGAAUAAAUUGAUGCAUCUCAGCCCGACUCAUUACAAAAAAUUGACGAGUCUCAAUUGUCUGUUUUUCCAAUUAUUCCAUUGGUAAUAAAAUUCGUGGAAGAAAUA